AUGGAGGAUGACCAAGUAGAAGACAUUGAUUUCUGCGCCACGGAGGAUAACCCAAUAGCCGGAGGCUCCACUACGUCAACGACAACGAUAGUGGAGAAACAACGGGAAUCGGAUUUAACGGUAUUUACAAAUCCACCCAAAUCGGAACCUCACGGAACGGCCCACCAGUCAUUAUCAACAAAAAGUGUUGCCCUCAUGAGGAGUGAGGCGCAAAUCGGCCUGCAAAUACGGAGGCAAUUGAUGCCUAAUGGGAUUUGUGAGAGACUAACCCAAUUGUCGGAGGACGAGGCAUCGGAGGUAGUCCUCGAAGCAUACCAAUCGCAAGCCAACGCUUCAUGGAAGGAGUUUUCGGAUUACCACGAGCUCCUUCUCAGAGAAGCCCCACCGGAGGUCAUCGAGCACCCCUACCACAUGGAGGACGUCAACAGCCAGGUAUCCUCUACCAAUUUCAAUAUCGGCAUCAUCAUGGGACAACUUCGGACCAUUCUUGCCAGGCGGAGGCAGGGAACCCAAUCCCAAGGUGCCACCGGAUCAACAGAUUUUAAUUCGCUCACCCGAAUUACUAUUCCAACAUUUGACGGAAAAUACCACGACUGGAGAGCAUUUGAUGACUUGUUCACCAAUCUGGUCAUCAACCCACCAAGGAUCAGCAAUGCGGAGAAACUCACUCGGCUGAAGGCAGCUCUUCGGGGUGAAGCAGCCAGCCUCAUUUCUAACAUUGCCAUUUCGAAUGACAAUUUUGCAACGGCCUGGGAGGCCCUGAGGAAUCGCUAUGAGAACAAACGGGUUCUCGUAGCCUCCCACCUCAACAGGAUCCUGGCCUUGACUCCAGUCAAGGUCAAGACAGCCAAGGCCAUCCAAACGGUCAUCUAUACAACCAAGGAAGCCAUGCACGCUCCGAAAACCCUCGGAGCCCCAACGGAGCAUUGGGACAUUAUCAUCAGUCAUUUGAUCAGGAGACUGCUAGAUCCGGAUACACGGGAAAAGUGGGAGCUAAAGCUCGGAGAUUCCAGAGAAAUCCCAACUCUGGAGGAAUUUCUUAACUUCCUCUCUUCCAUCGCUCGAGGGUUGGAAAACCUCGAGGGCGAAACAAAGACUCCAUUCAGCGGAUCAUCGGCCAAGGCAAGUGUCACCAGCACCAGGGAAAGCCAUUGUCCAUGCGGUCCAUCGGUCGGCCAUACACUCAUCAAGUGUCCCACCUUCGUCCAAAUGAAGCCAUUGGACAGGAGGUCGUACAUCAUGAGCAGUCCACGGUGCUUCAACUGUUUUAGAAGCCAUAGAGCGGAGAGUUGCCCAGAGACUCAACGGUGUAAGGUCUGCCAGGGCAAACACCACACAAUGAUCCAUGAAGGAUCACCCGGAGCUCCAAACGCAGCUCGUUCAGCCACCACCCAGUCAACGAGCUCAGUCCAACGUCGGCUGGAACAAGCGGCCAGUCAACCACCAACGGCACCAAGGCCACCACCAGACACGGCUAGCACCAGCGGAUCGGACUCAUCCAAACCAUCACCAACGGCACGUAGUACCACGGCGGAAUUGAUACGGUCGUCUAUCGAGAACCUCACAGUUGUGAGACCAUCACCGGCGGGUCACCACUCAUCCAAGGCGGUCAAAACAGCGCACUCAAUCCAAUCUCCAUCGGACUCCAAACCACAGCUGGUACUCUUGGCAACGGCACGGGCCAGAGCAUCUACUCCAAGCGGUUUCUCGCAACCAACGAGAAUCCUCAUCGACCAGGGCUCAGAGUUGUCAUUUAUCUCUGAAAGCCUGGUCAAAUUGCUCCAACUCCAACGGAAGGCGGCGGUUAUCAAUCCAAUCGGCAUCGGCUCCACGGACUCAGGUCGCACAAGAGGCUUGGUGUCCGUUACACUCCACUCCAACUUUGACAGUCAGUUUGUCAAAAUACGGGCCCACAUCCUCGGCAAGCUCACAGCGAAAUUACCCUCUAUUUCCUGUGAGUCACCAUCCAUCGGAGAACUCCAACACCUCCAACUGGCGGAUCCAAGUUUUGGAAAAUCUGGUCCCAUAGACGUCAUCAUCGGUGCAGAUUUCUACGGCCAAAUCAUCGGAGACCAAGUGAUUAAAUCCACGGAUAAUCAACUCGUCGGCCAGAACACCAUCUUCGGCUGGAUCAUUUCGGGAUCAGUUUGUUGCUCAGGCUAUUCGACCAAGGUCUCUCUAACUGCAGUACGAGAGACUCCGAACGAGCAACUGCUGGCACUUUUGAAGAAGUUCUGGACCCAGGAGGAAUUGCCAGCUCAGAGCAAUACCCCCCUCACCCAGGAGGAGCUCGAAUGUACGCAACAGUUUCAAUCCACCCACACUCGGGAUCCUACGGGAAGGUAUGGCGUAAGACUACCCUUUAAAUCAUCGGCCAAUUCCCUUGGGGUCUCAAAACCCAAGGCUCUUUGGCAACUUCACCAGAUCAGCGGCAAACUCCAAAGAGACUCCAUCUACGGGAUGCUGUACCGAGACUUCAUCCAAGAAUAUGAAGCUCUUGGACAAAUGCAGCGAGUAGUGGACACCACGGAACCAUCUCCAGCAUACUAUCUGCCACAUCACGGAGUGCUACGGCCAGAUAGCACAACAACCAAGCCUCGGGUUGUAUUCAACGGCUCCAGUCCCACUUCAACCGGUACGUCACUUAACGACAUCCUCCACGCCGGCGGGAAACUCCAGGUAGACGCUCCAGACGUGCUUCUCCGGGUGAGAAGACACAGGUACGUCUUCGGCACGGACAUUGUCAAAAUGUUCCGGCAAAUUAGGAUCCACUCGGACGACUGGAACCUCCAGCGUAUCCUCUGGCGUGAUGAGAACCAAUUCAUCACGUUCCAACUCACCACGGUCACCUACGGCCAAACCUGUGCUCCAUGGUUAGCUCUUCGAGUUCUCCAGCAGCUCACGGCGGACGACGGACAUCGGUAUUCAAAGGCGGUACUCUCACUCUCCAAAGGCAGAUACGUAAACGAUAUCUACGGCGGAGCGGAUUCACCAGGGGAGCUGAGAGAAAUAAUCAUUCAGCUCAUCGGGCUCUGCAAGGCGGGCGGCUUCCGCCUUCAGAAAUGGGCCAGCAAUUGUCCGGAGGUCCUCAGCCAACUUGGGCUGUUACCUCCAUCAUCCCCAUCAUCUUCAUCGGAGCUUCAGGAAAGGGAGCAGGUCAUCAAGGUGCUUCGUUUGUGCUGGAACUCACACCAAGACAACUUCCAAUUCAAACCACAGACCUUCUCCACCAAACCAGUAACCAAGCGGCUCAUCUUAUCGGAAAUCGCCCAUAUUUUUGAUCCAUUGGGCUUCAUCUCUCCGGGAACCAUUAAAGCUAAAAUUAUUAUGCAGGCACUGUGGCUCAUCAAGGUCGGUUGGGGUGAUCCACUUCCCAUGUCCACCAUCAGACGCUGGAAUCAGUUCAGGGAAGAACUAAGCUACGUCAACCUCAUCGCCGUUCCUCGGUGGCUCCAACUUGACUCCACGGUCUCCAACCUCCAAAUCCACGGCUUUGCGGUUGCCUCCAACCUCGCCAUCGGAGCGGUAGUUUAUCUUCGGACGGAAAAACCGGGUACGGCUCCAGUCAUCUCUCUGGUAUGCGCCAAGACACGUGUUGCCCCACUUAAGAGAGUGACUAUGCCCAGACUUGAGCUAACAGCAGCAGGGCUGUUGACAGAGCUCACCUCCUACGCCAUCAAACAGCUGGAGCUAACCUAA